AUGGUGCACGAGGAAGAAGAACUUCGCUAUCUGCGAGGUGAUGCGGAAACACAGUCCGCCACAAUCAACCCUGCUGGGCGCUCCGGAAAAGAGGUCCCUCUGUCACCACCCGGUUCCGAUGUCAACUCGGAGUCCUGGAUACGCCGAGGAUUACACUUUUGUUCGCCCACGAGACGAAUACCGAUUUUGUCCUGGAUCCGACGGUAUGACAGUGAGGAUUUCAUCUCUGAUCUUAUUGCUGGCAUAACCCUCGGACUGACGAUGAUCCCGCAGAGUAUCGCUUACGCUACCAUAGCGGGACUUCCCACACAGUACGGUCUCUAUGCAGCUUUCAUGGGUUCGCUGGUGUACGUGUUUUUCGGUACGGUGAAGGAAGUCUCCAUUGGUCCGACCAGCCUGAUGUCACUGCUGACCUUACAGUACACUGCCGGACGCCCUCCCGGCUACGUGAUAGUGCUUGCGUUCGCCUCCGGAUUGGUCGAACUGGCAAUGGGUAUCUUCCGGCUGGGGUUUCUCGUGUGCUUAAUCUCGGCGCCCGUCACAUCUGCGUUCACCUCCGCCACAGCCCUCAUCAUCAUUGGCGUCCAGCUGCGCAAUCUGCUCGGCAUUCCCCGGCUGGCUACCGGCGAUGGUGGAUUCUUCGGGACGGUGAUGAAUGUGCUGGGCAGGCUCAAUGAGGCCAAAUUGGGUGACACUGCGCUUGGCGUUUUCUGCAUCGUGCUGCUGAUCGCCCUCCAGCAGCUACCCAAGUGCGCUCCGGCCAGGGGCUACCCGUUUUUGCGUCGCACGCUGUGGUACGUGUCGCUUGCCCGCAAUGCGCUGGUGGUUCUCGCAUCGGCCAUUCUCGCCUACCAUCUGUCAGCAUCUUCCGCUGACGGUUCGGUGCCUUUUCGACUGUCCGGCAACGUUGAGCCUGGCUUGCCUUCGUUUGAGUGGCCGAUGCGAGGAGUUACCGUCGGCAACACGACCGUUCCCUUCCUCGAAGUCACCGCGCAACUUGGGAGUGGUCUGCUGCUUGUGCCCCUAGUGGCUGUCCUGGCGAAUGUAGCCAUCGCCAAAGCGUUCGCCUCGGAGACGGUUGUCGACGCCACUCAAGAACUUUUGGCGCUUGGACUCUGCAACUUGGUAGGCUCGUGCUUCCGCGCCAUGCCAACCACCGGUGCCUUCACACGGUCCGCCGUUAGCCACGCCAGUGGUGUCCGUACGCCCCUCUCCGGCCUGUACUCGGCCCUCCUCACGCUGCUCGCCCUCGGAGUCCUCACGCCCUACUUCUACUACAUUCCGCGGGCCACCCUCGCCGCCGUACUGAUCGCCGCCGUCACCUCCAUGGUGGACUUCGGAAUCGUGCGCCGACUUCCGCGUCCCCCACGCCACUCACCCGCCGAUCUCCUCUCCUGGACGCUCUGCUUCGCCGUGUGUCUGAUCCUGGGCGUCGAGCUGGGACUCCUGUGCGGGAUGGGCGUCAGUCUGCUCGAACCUCUGAGGCACUCGGUGUGGCCGCGUGCCGACUGUACCACCGAAACCGAUCCCACCACCGACACCCGCUACCGCCGAAUCCGUCCGCGUAACGUGCCAGCCCUGCUCUACCCCGGCGUCGACCGACUCCGAAAGCUCGUGCUGGCCGAGGCGCAUCGUCAGCUGGCCGAUGUAUCCGGAACUCCCGGCGUCACGUUGCCGUUGCCACUCGUACUCGACUGCGAGCGUCUCGUGGCGCUAGACUUCAGCUCCGCCCGUGCCCUUCGGGAGCUCACCCAGCAAGUACACCAACUCGGGGGCACCCUGUACCUGCGAGACGUACCUUCGGCGUGGCGCAGCUCCCUGCAGCUCACCGAAACGACCUACGGUCUUGCCAUACCCUAA